AUGAAAGUGUCCUUAAUUAUUGGAUUAUGCCUAUCUUAUAUAACAGCAGCAUAUUACGGUGAGUCUUGGAGAACAGACCCAGCACACCCAUUCUCUGUGUCUUCGCCAUAUUUCAACUCAGUGGAUUAUUAUAGAAGAAGGGGUGCCUGGAGUAGAUUUGGAAAUCCACUUAUAACACCAUAUUCCAGGUUAUAUGGGUCUGCAUAUCACGCAGCCAAGUUAAAUGCAUCUUACAGCCCACAUGCAUACGGACCAUGUGGUCAAGCAUAUGCAGCUGGGGCAUCAGAUUCAGCCAGGGCAGCAGCUGCUGCAUCCAGUGGGUAUUCCAGGUAUUCCAGGUCUAUUUCAGGACUAGCCCCAUCAUAUUGCGAUGAACCCAUGCUUUCUCCAUUUUCAGAUCCACCUUUAUACUAG